AUGCCGUCGGUGCUUGCGGUUGAACAAGGAGUGCACUAUUUAUCCGUCGAAAGACUCUGCACAACAGUGCCGAAGCCUAUCAGCCAAAGAAAUACCGCAUCCCCUUGGUCGAGAACACAGCAAUGUCCCCAGCUGUUAUCAGAUCCUCAGAAAAAGGAAUUUAAUCAGAAAAUUGACUCUGUCUUCAGCACCAAAACGGCAGAGCAAGUGUUUUACCAGUACAUCAGCAGCUUCGCUCCAAAGUGCCCUAUUGUCGUGUUUCCACCAGGAACGAACGCCGCGCAUGUGAGAGAGAAUAAGCCGGUGCUGUUUCUGUCUAUACUGGGCAUCGCUUCUGUUGGAUUCUGCAGCGCUGCUGAGCAGCGACAACUGGCCGUUGAUGUCAGGGGUUACCUGGCUGACAGAGCGAUUGUUCGCGGCGAGAAAUCUCUCGAACUUGUCCAAGCGCUUCAGGUCACUUCACUCUGGUACAGGGCGCCAGAUGACUACCGGCAGAUGAAUCUGAACCAGCUGGCUCAUAUUGCAACCACGAUGGCCAUAGAUCUUGGGUUGGACAGAGUUAAUAUGUUAGAGCCAGCUGUUACCGCCCGGGACAACCUUUCUAUCAUCCUGAGACGGCCAAAUACUACUCCUUGGACUGUGAAGUUGGAUGACUAUCUUGCCGAUCUCCACCAGUUGCAAAUAGCAGACACGGACGAAUUUCUUUGCAGGCAUAUUGCAACCGAGCGUCUUUGCCAUGACAUUGAUCGAGAGCUCUUCUUAAGCGACCCAGCCCGUUCGGUGCCUUUGUGGGACCCAAAAACAUUGGCUAUGUUAGAAGUAUUCCAAGCUCGAAAUGACUGGACUUUCAGCAAUCAGAUGCAGUCACUGCAGAACGCUCUAAUCCGAUUUGGCAUGUUUGCCAGCUCAUUGUAUUCACAUGAGGUAACCUUGCAUGUGAAUCAUAACAUUGAGGAAUUCAAGGCACCAUUUUCCGCAAAAUCUUUGAAGACAUACAACUUUUUCGGCACACACGGUCCAACCAAAUCCCACAUAUCAAUGCUUCACAAUAUCGUGGUUGCCGCCCAUGGACUGCUGGAUACUUUUCUUGGGCUAUCUGUGUCAGAUAUGCUUGCGUUGCCGCCGCAUAUUUACGGUGGUCGCGUGAUAUAUGCGGUCAUCAUAUUGAUCAAGAUCCACACCGCAAUCACGAUGCCAGGAACUGGAUGCCAGAGUUUUAUAUGUUCUGAAGACCUACGCUUAGAGGUGUACCUCGAGACCCUUGAGUGUAUUUCGAGGGCUCUCCUUGCGAAAGACGAACGCAGCGCUUUGAGCAGAGCCUUCUUGAUCAUUUCUCAGCUGAAAGAUUGGUUCUACCGUCGAUUCAGAAGGCCGUCAGAAGCGGAGGAAAAUAAGCCAAGUGACCUACCAAUCGACAACGGACAAGGGAACCCUUCAACACACGGUCCGACAGCUAGAAUUUACGAUCUCUCGGUGGAUAUGCAGUCGGCAGCAGAGGCCACGCUCCCAGAAAACGUCGCGCCACCGGAUGGACAUGGAUGUCAAUUUGACGAAGUCAUCCAACCUCCUGUGCUUUCAAACAGCAGUAGUAGAAACAGUCCUACAGUGGUAACUGAUACAUGGUUUCAGGAGUUUUUCAAUGUUGAGAUGCUUAAUUAG